GUGGCUGCUUCCCACCAUCUAUCUUCUUGAUUCCAAGCUCAAAAAGAUGGAGGCUUCCAUCAAGGUCAACAUGCACAAAAAAAGUCAUGUUUUUCCCUGGAAAAGUGAAGGUUGUUCUCCGUAAGGGACCUCUAGGGUAUCUCCUUCAGGAGCCAACUGAUGAGGCAAGCCUGAUUAAAAGCAACCCAUCACUGCAGGACAAGGCAGCGCCCAUGAAGCAGGACCUUGUCAGACAAAAUGCUCUGACUGUUGUCCGUCAGAGAGGAGGGGAUGCCACAGACAAGAGAGAGGUUUUGGGUGAAUACAUCCUCCAAUUUGGAAAAUACAAGGGCAAGUCCUUUCGGUGGCUCCUUGAAAAUGACAUGGGGUACACCAUAUAUCUGAUGAAGACCCUGCAGCAGGAAGAGGCUGCUCCAGAGUUUAAGGCAGAGGGACACAGCAAACACAGCCUGGUGUCGUUUGUCAUCUAUGCUCACAGCUUUGAAGAAAUCGAGUCUCUUCUUAGCUAUGUGUCCACAACACCAGCUGCACCAGCAGCCUCAUCAGAGGAUGACCAGUUAGUUGGUUUCGGGGCUCGUGCCAAGAGCACAUGGCAGGAGAUUUGGAAAAGCAGGGCUGAUGGAUAUGCAUCCUUUGUAUUGGGGGCGACCUGUGUCCCAGGGACACAGAUGCACAGACUGCAGCAAUACCUGCGGAAGCAGCAGCAGUCAACCUGUCGGCCUGUGCCCACAUCAAGUGCCAUAACUCAGCCCAUUUCUCAUUUGCUCUUUAGCAGGAAAUAUUGCCAUUGUAUCAACUCAUAUAAACAAAUAACACAACUUAUGAUUUUACUCAUACAUUAUGCUUCAAUGGAUGAAGAUGUUGAGUUGGAGAGUGCAUUGCUGAGCAUUAUCCCCUCCAAGCUACAGGUGCAGUGCAACACUAUAGACAGCAGCACUAUAGACACCUCUCGAGUGUGCAGGACACUUACUCUCGAGGAAUGUGGCAAAAGCAAAGACCUCUCUUCUUCAGCAACCACUACAUAUAGUCUCCAACAGACAGCUGAGGCAUCACAUGGAACCCUCCCACCUUCUGAAUCCUCCUCUUCCCCUCAUACACCCGAGCCACCACACAGUGGUCCUUCUGUUGUUGUUCCCCCACUGACACUCAGAUCAUCCCCUCAUACACCUGAGACACCACACACAGGUCCUUCAGUUUUUGUUGCCCCACCGGCACAGAGACCAGAUCAGGAUAUAAGCACUUGGACCUGUUCUUAUCAUCAGAAAGUGUGGAUGAAGACAGAGCUCCAAUCUCUGGGACUGUGGCCUGGGUCCCACCAUAUGCUCAAGCCAGGAAAUGCCCUUUCAUUAUGGCGUCUCCCUCCACAGCCAGAACUCAUUGACACUGUGUUAGCACUCCCAUCCCGCAAUUUCUUUCAGCUCCAUCCAUUUUUUAUUUGGAAACCAGAAAGUGACGUCAUGGUGAGACUAAGAAAUAAUUAUAUACUCCCAUGUCUUCAUGGUUGUCCAAAGCCAGAUAUAGUCUCAGCUGGUGUGGGUAGGCCUCGAGUGAUUGUUGGCACCAGUGGACAGUAUUACAUCUUUGCUUCACGCCUUCGCUGCAGGAUGUGCAAGAGGAUCUGGUUUGCUGACAGUCCUCAGUGGACGGGGAAACUGCCAAAGCGGUUCACAAGCAUUCUGCCAGCAUUCCUAACUUACAAGAAGGCCAUUUGCAAGUCUGUGCUUCAUGAGCUGAGGCGUACUGGCAAGUCACCUUCAGACAUGGCAAACCAGGUGAAUGAGCUGAUGCACCUUAAAUAUGAACAAGCUCACCUGGCAUACCUUCACAGCAUACAGAACAUCUGGGAUGCUGAGGCUGGGGUUUAUGGGCAGAUGACUCUUGGUCACCUUGUGAGGAAGGAUGACAUGCCACAGUCUUUUGGAGCCUAUGAGGAUGCAGAUGGGUGGUGUGGCGUCUCUGUCUCUGCUCACUACCUGACUGACUGCCUCAUUGAUGAGUACCGGCGCCAAGAGCCAGCUAUCACUAAACUCCUGCAGGGCACUUUUGGACAGGUCUUGCGGUCUGACCACACCAGGAAGGUGGCACGAAAAGAGUUUAGUGAUAGCUGGCUCUUGGCGCCGGUACUCAUCAAUGAGGCAGUCAGUCAGGUAGUGAGCAGAGACAGAGACGCCACACCACCCAUCUGCAUCCUCAUAGGCUCCAAAAGACUGUGGCAUGUCAUCCUUCCUCACAAGGUGACCAAGAGUCAUCUGCCCAUAAACCCCAGCCUCAGCAUCCCAGAUGUUCUGUAUGCUGUGAAGGUGACUUGCCAGUACGCCUCAGCUCAUGAAGCACAGACUUGCAAAUGGCCUUCAAGAACCCUCCCACCUUCUGAAUCCUCCUCUUCCCCUCAUACACCCGAGCCACCACACACAGGUCCUUCUGUUGUUGUUGCCUCACCGGCACAGAGACCAGAUCAGGAUAUAAGCACUUGGACCUGUUCUUAUCAUCAGACAGAGUGGAUGAAGACAGAGCUCCAGUCUCUGGGACUGUGGCCUGGGUGCCACCAUAUGCUCAAGCUAGGAAAUGCCCUUUCAUUAUGCCGUCUCCCUCCACAGCCAGAACUCAUUGACACUGUGUUAGCACUCCCAUCCCGCAAUUUCUUUCAGCUCCAUCCAUUUUUUAUUUGGAAACCAGAAAGUGACGUCAUGGUGAGACUAAGAAAUAAUUAUAUACUCCCAUGUCUUCAUGGUUGUCCAAAGCCAGAUAUAGUCUCAGCUGGUGUGGGUAGGCCUCGAGUGAUUGUUGGCACCAGUGGACAGUAUUACAUCUUUGCUUCACGCCUUCGCUGCAGGAUGUGCAAGAGGAUCUGGUUUGCUGACAGUCCUCAGUGGACGGGGAAACUGCCAAAGCGGUUCACAAGCAUUCUGCCAGCAUUCCUAACUUACAAGAAGGCCAUUUGCAAGUCUGUGCUUCAUGAGCUGAGGCGUACUGGCAAGUCACCUUCAGACAUGGCAAACCAGGUGAAUGAGCUGAUGCACCUUAAAUAUGAACAAGCUCACCUGGCAUACCUUCACAGCAUACAGAACAUCUGGGAUGCUGAGGCUGGGGUUUAUGGGCAGAUGACUCUUGGUCACCUUGUGAGGAAGGAUGACAUGCCACAGUCUUUUGGAGCCUAUGAGGAUGCAGAUGGGUGGUGUGGCGUCUCUGUCUCUGCUCACUACCUGACUGACUGCCUCAUUGAUGAGUACCGGCGCCAAGAGCCAGCUAUCACUAAACUCCUGCAGGGCACUUUUGGACAGGUCUUGCGGUCUGACCACACCAGGAAGGUGGCACGAAAAUUAGUAAGGUUUGUAAUUCUAAUCAGUUCCUCCUACUUGUUCAGGGAUUGCUGCGCGCCAUUCAGAAUCCCUGAGCUUCAUCACGGAGAGCACCUCGACUGGGACGCCUGGAGUACCACACAAUCUAUCAUCGCUGAGGCCACUGCUGGGCCUCUGGAGAAUACCUGUGCAUCCCGUACACAAUACAACCCCAACAUUGUGGUCAAGUUGGAUUUGUUUCACUGUAUGAGGCGUUUCACACGGGAGUGCACUUCAGAGCACCAUCCCCUCUACAGCACCUUUUGUCAGCUCCUCUCCACUGCAUUUUCUGUCGUGGAUCAGGAAGACCUGCAGAAGCUCAAGGAUGCUUAUCAGUUCUGUGGAAUUCAGCCACCAAAUCCUACAAAACAGCACAUCAGAGAGCACUGUAGGACCAAAAUUCCACAGCCAACAGAACUGGUCGACAGAGUGGAGAAAGUUCUUCGGCAUUUCCACCUGACCACAGACCCAAACAACUUACCACUCUUCAAACCAUCCAUGCUGAAAACAUGGCGUAUCCAGAGGGUGCACAUUCUCCGUGGGUGCCUCAGUGACCCUGAGGUCACAGAGGGAAUCCUGUACAGGCCCAGGGCAUGA